AUGUCUCAACCUGAUCUCGCAACAGUUCCCACUACCAAGUCUCAGGACUCCACUACCAAAAACAAUGUUUUACAAAUGGCGACCGAACCAUCUAGUACAGAUUCUGCUCUAUCGACCCCAAUUAACCAACAAGUUCACGACGAUGAAGGCAAGAUCGUUUCAAUGGAUGCUACAACUGCUGAGGUGUUUGAAAUGCCAAAGAAGCCAGCAUCAGCUUACAUCACUGUGUCAUUGAUCUGUCUAAUGGUUUCAUUUGGUGGGUUCAUCUUUGGUUGGGAUACUGGCACAAUAUCUGGGUUUGUUCAACAGACAGAUUUUAUCAGAAGAUUUGGGUCUGCUAACAGUGAUGGUAGUUUCCAUCUUUCUAGAGUUAGAACUGGCUUAAUCGUUUCAAUUUUCUGUAUCGGAUGUGCUAUUGGUGGAUUGUUAUUUUCAAAACUGGGCGAUACCUACGGUAGAAGAAUCGCUUUGGUUAUUGUUACUACUGUAUAUGUGGUUGGUAUUUUGAUUUCUAUUUCAUCUAUUGAUAAGUGGUAUCAAUACCUUAUUGGUCGAGUUUUCUGUGGUAUGGGGGUUGGUGGAAUUUCUGUCUAUUCACCAUUAUUGAUCUCUGAAGUUUCACCAAAACAUUUAAGAGGUACAUUAGUUUCAUGCUUCCAAUUGAUGAUUACAUUGGGUAUUUUCUUAGGUUAUUGUACUAACUAUGGUACGAAGAGUUAUUCUAACUCUGUUCAAUGGAGAGUACCAUUAGGUUUAGGUUUUGCAUGGGCAUUAUUUAUGAUUGUCGCUAUGUUAAUGGUUCCUGAGUCUCCACGUUAUUUAAUUAAAGUUGGUAAAAUUGAUGAAGCUAAAAGAUCUAUUGCUACUUCAAACAAAGUUUCUGUUGAUGACCCAGCAGUUCAAGCUGAAGUCGACUUAUUAAAUUCUGGUAUACAAGUUGAAGCUAUUGCUGGCGAAGCUACUUGGCUCGAACUAUUUUCUACCAAAGGGAAAAUUUUACCAAGGGUAAUUCUAGGUAUUAUGAUUCAAAGUUUACAACAAUUAACAGGUGCUAAUUACUUUUUCUACUACGGUACUAGUAUCUUCAAAUCAAUCGGUCUAGAAGAUUCAUUUGAAACUUCAAUCAUAAUUGGUGUCGUUAAUUUUGCCUCGACUUUUGUAGGUAUCUACUUUGUUGAAAGGUAUGGUAGACGUAAAUGUCUAUUAUGGGGUGCUGCUGCUAUGUGUGCUUGUUUUGUUGUAUAUGCUUCUGUCGGUGUCACCAGAUUGUAUCCUAACGGUAUGGAGAAUGUAUCCUCCAAGGGUGCAGGAAAUACAAUGAUUAUUUUUACUUGUUUUUUCAUCUUCUGUUUUGCUACCACAUGGGCCCCAAUCCCAUUCGUUAUUGUCGCCGAAACUUUCCCAUUAAGAAUUAAGGCUAAAGGUAUGUCUAUAUCUGUAGCUUCCAAUUGGUUCUGGAACUUCUUGUUGAGCUUCUUUACUCCAUUCAUUACAGGAGCUAUUAACUUCUACUAUGGUUAUGUCUUUAUGGGUUGUUUGAUAUUUGCCUGGUUCUAUGUAUUUUUCUUUGUUCCAGAGACAAAAGGUCUUUCAUUAGAAGAAGUUAAUGACAUGUGGUUAGAAGGUGUUUUACCAUGGAAAUCAGCUAAUUGGAUUCCAGCUGACAAAAGAGAUGCGUCAUUCAAAACUGAUGUAUUCAACAAGGAUGAUAAACCAUUUUACAGAAGAAUUAUCUAG